AACGCAGAGCGCAGAUGCCGGAAGCCGUAGUGUCCCUCGACCCGCGGCCGAAGUCUGGGAACUGGUUCUCUGUCAGGCGGAAGCGGGGCUGGCGGCCGGGCGGCAUGGCGGGGCUGGAGCUCCUGUCCGACCAGGGCUACCGGGUGGACGGGCGUCGUGCCGGGGAGCUGCGCAAGAUCCAGGCGCGGAUGGGCGUGUUCGCGCAGGCCGACGGCUCGGCGUACAUAGAGCAGGGCAACACCAAGGCGCUGGCGGUUGUGUACGGGCCGCACGAGAUCCGGGGCUCCCGGGCCCGAGCCCUCCCUGACAGGGCCCUGGUGAACUGUCAGUACAGUUCGGCCACCUUCAGCACGGGCGAGCGCAAGCGGCGGCCGCAUGGAGACCGAAAGUCCUGCGAGAUGGGCCUGCAGCUGCGUCAGACCUUCGAGGCAGCCAUCCUUACACAGCUGCACCCACGCUCCCAGAUUGAUAUCUACGUGCAGGUGCUGCAGGCAGAUGGUGGGACCUAUGCAGCUUGUGUGAAUGCAGCCACACUGGCAGUGCUGGACGCCGGGAUACCCAUGCAGGAUUUUGUGUGUGCCUGCUCAGCUGGCUUUGUGGAUGGCACAGCCCUGGCGGACCUCAGCCAUGUGGAGGAAGCAGCUGGUGGCCCCCAGCUGGCUCUGGCCCUUCUACCAGCCUCAGGCCAGAUUGCACUGCUUGAGAUGGACGCCAGGCUGCAUGAGGACCACCUGGAGCAGGUGCUAGAGGCUGCUGCACGGGCUGCCCGCGAUGUGCACACCCUGCUGGAUCGUGUGGUCCGGCAGCAUGUACGUGAGGCCUCUGUUUUGCUGGGGGACUGAAUAUCCAGCUACCCAUGCCUAGAAUAAAACCCACACACAGUACUCUGUA